UCUGUGUUUUGUUUAAACAUGGCGGACAUUCACGAAAAUAAUCCUUCAUUCACUAUUUCACUGAUGUCAGGUGCUGCUGCUGGACUUGCAGUGGACUUGUCCCUGUUCCCACUUGACACCAUGAAAACACGUCUGCAAAGUGAGCAUGGAUUUUGGAAGUCAGGCGGGUUCCGAAACAUGUACUCUGGGAUUGGGUCAGUUGUUGUAGGAUCUGCUCCAGGAGCUGCUGUUUUCUUUUGCACGUAUGAGACGAUUAAAUCUCUGUGUCAUUAUUCAAUGUUCAGUCACACACAAAGUUUGGUGCACAUGUUUGCUGCCUCUUGUGGAGAAGUGGUAUCUUGCAUGGUACGAGUGCCCACUGAAGUUGUUAAACAGAGAGCUCAGGCUAAUGCACAGCUAUCCAGUUGGGGUAUUUUAAAGACCACUAUAAAAACAGAGGGCUACCGAGGUUUAUAUAGAGGUUACUUCUGCACACUUUUCCGAGAAAUUCCCUUCUCUUUAAUACAAUUUCCAAUAUGGGAAUAUUUGAAGAAUGUAUGGUCUUCCCAUCAAGGAUUUCGAGUGAGGCCAUGGCAGUCGUCACUAUGUGGGGCAGUUGCAGGGUCCAUAGCAGCUUCAAUCACCACACCUCUAGAUGUUGCAAAAACUAGAAUCAUGCUAGCAAAUAAAGGGGCCUUAGCAGCGGAGGGUGACAUUUUCCCGGUCAUCAAAGAAAUUUACAGAGAAGAAGGCUUCAAAAGCCUCUUUUCUGGAAUGCUUCCCCGCGUUCUUUGGAUCUCAAUUGGAGGCGCCAUUUUCUUCGGAGCUUAUGAGAAAUCAAAAGUGACUUUAGUUACUUAUUUAUAAUGCAUUUUUGAUGUGAUGUUACAUUUUUGUCUUUCCAUGUACAUUGCCAUUAAUUUUGAACAGUCACUAUG